AUGAAUGAGUUGACUCCACACCUAGAGCAUGAGGCUCUUAGUUUCACCACCACUCAACUAUAUAUCGCCAGGUGGUGGAAAGAUUUAGACUUUGCAAUGAAACUACAUUUUGCAAGAGACAGAGUUGUUGAGUGCUUUUGGAUUGUGGCAGUCUAUUUUGAGCCCCAGUACUCGCUUGCAAGAAAAAUACUAACCAAAGUUAUUGCUCUGACAUCCAUCAUAGAUGACAUCUAUGAUGUAUAUGGCACACUCGAAGAGAUCAAGAUCUUUACGGAAGCAAUUGAAAGAAAUCCAAGCUUGUUUUUGAUUGAGAUGGCCAAGAUAGAAAGGGCUGUUGGGGGUCUUCAGAUGGGGAAGGGUGAAGCUGUGGAUUUGCUUCAACCAUGGGAACAAAGAAUUACAGAUAGAGUGACGAAGAAGGAGAUAGAAGAGUGA